AUGGGUACCGAAAAUGGCUGGUGGCUUUUGGCAAAAAUGGAAUCAACACUGGCAAUCGAGAGCCUUAGGCUAAUAUUCAGCGGGGAAGAUAACCAAUUUCCAGGAACAAUACCGGCCGGGUCGGACAUGCAAUCUCUUGUGUUUGAGUUCAUAAUCACAUUCUGCCUCAUGUUCAUCAUAUCCGGUGUUGCCACUGACAACAGAGCUAUCGGAGAGCUUGCUGGCCUUGCUAUUGGCUCUACGGUCCUCAUCAACGUGUUGUUUGCAGGGCCGAUUUCGGGAGCAUCGAUGAACCCUGCAAGAAGCUUGGGGCCUGCAAUAGUGCAUUGGCACUUCAGGGGGAUAUGGGUAUAUAUGGUGGGACCGAUUCUUGGGGCCAUGUCGGGUGCAAGGGUCUACAAUUUGAUCCGGUUCACCGAUAAGCCGCUGGGCGAGAUCCCCAAGAGUGGCUCUUUCCUUCGAGUGUCAAGACGUCACAGCUUGCUCAAUCUGAUUAUCUGUAAGAAUGGGCCGGAGAACAAAUAAAGAGAUACAUAUGUGUGUAUCUAUAUAUAUAUAUAUAUAUAUAAAAGCACUGCUACAUAGC